UGUUAUAAAGAAAAUAUACAAACAUUUAGAUAAAAAUGUAUUUCAGUAUAUAUAUGGAAGAUGGCAGAGGACGACUUAAACUUCAUUAAGAUUCUACAGGUUAUCGGUGGUUUGAAUGUUCUUCUCCUGCACGCUGGACUAGCUCUACUUGAAGCUGGUGUCUCACAACGAAAGAAUGUAUCCUCUGUACUCACUAGACAACUAGCUUGCUUACUGCUUUCAACUGCAGCAUUCUGGAUUUGUGGCUAUGGAUUUGCAUUUGGAGGCGACUAUCCAUUUAUUGGAAAUGAGAAUCUGUUUGUGUUGUACAAUGCUGAUGAGUUUCCGUAUUCUCAUUAUUUUGUACACUCUCUAGUUGCUUCUCUCCCCUCCAGUAUUUUGGGUGGAGCUGUAGCUGAGAGAACACAUAUCACAGGUCACUUGAUCAUGAGUUCUAUCCUGACUGGUUUCAUCUGCCCUGUUGUAACUCACUGGCUGUGCGCUGCUAAGGGUUGGCUAAGGGUAGAGUAUUGUAUUGAUCUGGGAGGUACAAUAUCUACUCAUGUUCUUUGUGGAACUGCUUCUCUAUCUGCUCUUCUUAUUAUUGGUAGAAGGAUGGAGAAGUUUGGAGUCAACCAUAGCGUGAAGAUGGUUGGACAUUCUCUGCCUAUUGCUUAUAUAGGAGGAUUCAUGAUGAUUAUAGGUAUGAUUGGUAAAGCUGUUGGGCUCACAGCUGACAACAAGAAUGCAGAUCUAGGAGCGGUUGUAAUGAACUGUUUAUUAGCUGCUGCUGGAGCUGGAAGUUUGGCAACAUUUCUCUUUAAACUCAGUAUUAGAAAGGAUUCUGAAUACAACCUCAACAGCAUGGCUCAUACGAAACUAAAUAAGAUAACAAAUAGAAGGUGGAGUUUCUUCUGUUCUUUGAAUGGAACUAUUGCAGGUUUAGUGGCAAUACAUGGAGGAGUCGGGUUAUAUCAUGGCUGGGCAGCUUGGGUAGUUGGUUUAGUAGCUGGAGCUUUGUUUUUUAUAACCAGCCAACUUCUAGCUUUAUGCAGAUUAGAUGAUGCAACUGAUGCAGUAUCUGUCCAUCUUGGAGCUGGUAUAUGGGGAGCUAUUGCAACACCUUUGCUUGCUAGAACAGAUCUGUUGAAUCCUGGUAAGGAUAUGGGUUUCCUGGUCGGAUGGGAGCUAGCUGGAGUUAUAUCUUGCUUUAGUUGGACUGCAACCAUCUCAGCUAUUCUUCUUCUUUUACUUCUUGUCAUUGGAAAACUUAGGGUUGAUGUGAAAGUUGAAAACCAUGGAGCUGACAUUUUUAAAAUUCAAGAACAGGCUUAUCCUUCCACUGCUAACCACUGUGAUGUAACCAUGGAUGGAGUUUAUUACAAUAUAAAGUCACCAGGAUUAUCACCUUUUCCUUUCUUGGAGAGGAAACCUUUGGGUAUAACAACAGCCAGAAAUGCUUCGUGCACUGCUGUAGUUCCGUCUGUACACCAUGAACUUCUACCAUCAAAUAUGACGUCAACCCAGAAACUUGAAAAUAUGAUUCCACUGAAUGAAUUAUCAAGAACUAUUCCAAAAAUCAUCAUAGGGGAAUGUGAGACACAGGGCCUGUCUCCUGAGGUUUCUCAGUUAGCUCUACCCCCAACCUAUAUACCGGCCAUAUCUGUUUCCCACGUGGAGAACCUCAACUCCAGACCUAGCAUCAGUCCUGGACUGACGGAUAUACCGGCCAAAAAGGGGGAAUAUGACUAUGAGGCUAUGAAGUUGACUUUAUCAGCACAAAAGAAGAGACUAAAAUCUAUCAACAGUUCUAGAACUAGUGAUGUGCUUCUUGCCAGAGAUAAGAAUGGUUCUCAGAAUAGUCUUGCUGCUUCCCCAGUCCAGGUACAACCCGAGAUUUUGAGAGAAAUUGCGGCAAAUGCGCACAACUUUAACUACCUUGAAACAAGUCUUAAACGAGCUCAGAAUCAGAAUACAGAAAUUGAAAAUGAAUCCAAGGGUAUUGAAGGAGUUGAAGCAAUUGUUACAGCAGAUAAGACUGGUCAGAAGGAACUAGAUUUAUCCAAGGGUAGUAGAGUUGUUGCAGAGGAGAGUGGAUUUGAUGAAAACCGGUCAACUAUUAAUAGCUCUAUUGGUACACAGGCGUCCCAGCCCUCUCUAGUCAACCUUAACAAGGACUUGAGUCUACCCACGGACCUUACCAAGGACUUGAGUCUACCCACGGACCUUAACAGAAAUCAAGAACUGAGUCCUGAGGUUGACUUGAACCAGAACCAGAUCUUGAACCAGGACCAGAUCUUGAACCAGAACCAGAUCGUAAACCAGGAACAGAUCUUGAACCAGGAAAGGAAGACCAGAGCUAAGGAAAGGAAGGAAAGGAAAGAGGAGAUAUUGAAGAAGCUAAGAGCUUCCAAAGAAGUUAUAAACGAGUCUCCUCUUAUCUAAAAUAGAAAUGCAAGUCAAAUUUUAUCUAAUUUUGUAAAAUAGGUUUCUGCUGAAAAUAAACGCCAUUUUUAAUA